AUGAAGACCGUCGCUGCAUUCCUCCUACCUCUCCUCGUGGCCGCCAGCCCGCUGGUCACUCCGGACUUCGGCUCUGAUCUCCCGGAUCCGAAUCAGAUCCAGAUCCAGAGCGCGACAUCCUCCGGAAAUGGAUGCCCGCAAGGCACCGUCACAACAUCCAUCUCCCCUGAUCGGACUGUUGUCACUUUCGGCUUCGAUGGUUUCCAGACUUACAUCGGGCCCGGCACCGUCAUCGCGGACCGCAGCAAAAACUGCCAGCUGCAUUUGAACCUGAAGUAUCCGGGAGGCUUCCAGUUCGCCGUGGUCGACAGCACCUACCACGGCUACGCACAGCUAGACAAGGGCGUGACGGGCACCUUCUUCAGCACCUACUACUUCAGCCAGGACGCGAGCGCCACGACGACAACGCAGACCAGCAUCACCGGCGGCGGCAUCUGGGCCGCGGGUCAGGUUUACACCAAGCAAGACCAGGUCCCCACCGCCAGCGUCAUCUGGGCGCCCUGCGGCGCCAACGGCAUCCUCAACAUCAACAACCGCAUUGCGCUCACCAGCUCCAACAGCACGGCCUCCGGUCAGAUCACCGACGACGAUGCCACCGUCGCUUUCACCCAGCAGGUCCACCUCAGCUGGAGACCCUGUACGAAAUAG